CCCGGCCCCGGCGCCGGCCCGCGGCCCCGAGCCUUCGUCCCGCUCCUCUUCCUCCUCCUCCUCCUCCUCCUCCUCCUCCUCCUCCUCUUCCUCCUCUUCCCCGCUCCCUCGGCUCCGCUUCCCGCCUUCCUCCCCGUUCUCCUCUUCCUCCUCCGUCCCUUUUCCGCCUCAUCUCCUUCUCCUCUUCCUCCUUUAUCUCCUUCCUCUUCCUCCUCAUCUCCUUCUCCUCUUCCUCCUUCACCUCCUUCCUCCUUUAUCUCCUUCCUCUUCCUCCUCCUCUUCCUCCUCUCCUUCCUUCCCUCCUCUCGUCCUCCUCUUCCUCCUCUUCCUCCUCCAUCCCUUCCUCCUCCUCAUCCUCUUCUCCUCUUGCUCCUUUAUCUCCUUCUUCCUCUUCCUCCUCUUCCUCCUCAUCCUCUUCCCCCUCUUCCUCCUUUAUCUCCUUCCUCUUCCUCCUCCUCUUCCUCCUCUUCCUCCGCACCUUCCUCCUCUCCUCCUCCUCCUCUUCCUCCCUCCUCCUCCUCCUCUGCCCCGUUCCUCUCUCCUCCCUCUCCCCUGCCCCGCUCCGCUCUUCCUCCUCCUCCUCCUCUUCCUCCUCUUCCUUCUCUCCCACCCCGGUCCCUCCGUUCCCGCAUCCCGGCUCCCUCCGGCCCCUCCCGCCACCCUUCCCCGCAUCCCGCACCUCUCCCGCAUCCCGGUUUUCCCUCCCUUUAUCCCAUUUUUCCCUCCCUUAUCCCGUUUUUCCCUCCCUUAUCCCCCUGUUCCAUCCCUGCUCCUUUCCCUUAUCCCGGUUUUCCCUCCCCGCAUCCCGAUUUUCCAUCCCCGCUCUUUUCCCGCAUCCCGGUUCUCCAUCCCGCACCUUUCCCUUAUCCCGGUUCUCCGUCCCCGCCGUCCCGCUCGCUCCGGUCCCGCAUUCCCGGUUCCGAUCCCACCGACCCCAAUCCCCCCAGUCCCACCGACCCCGCUCCGUCCGUCCCCGCAUUCCCGCUCCUUCCCUUCCCGCUCCAUCCCCGCCGGUCCCUCUCGGUCCGAUCCCACCGAUCCCGGUCCGUCCAUCCCCGCAUUCCCGGCGCUUCCCUCCCCUUCCCGAUCCAUCCUCGCCGAUUCCGGUCCCUCCGUCCCGGCUCCUUCCCCGCAUUCCCGGGCUCUCCAUCCCCGCCGGUCCCACCGACCCCGCUCCUCCCCCGCUCGGCCGCUCGACCGCCCGCAUCGUUCCGGCGCUUCCUUUCCCUUCCCGCUCCGAUCCCACCGACCCCGGUCCAUCCCCUCCGCAGCCCCGCUCUUCCUCCCGCUCCGUCCCGGCUCCCUCCGACCCCGCAUUCCCGCUCCUUCCAUCCCGGCUCCGUCCAUCCCCGCAUUCCUGCUCUUCCCUUCCCGAUCCCGCCGAUCCCGAACGCUCCGUCCCCGCUCCGUGCCAGCAUUCCCGCUCCUUCCAUCCCCGUUCCCUCCGAUCUCCGCUUCUUCCCCCCCGCCAUCCGCGCUCCGUCCCGGCUCCAUCCCCGCUCCGUGCCCGCAUUCCCGGUCCUUCCAUCCCCGCUCCCUUCGCGCCGUCCCGGCUCCAUCCCCACAUUCCCGCUCCCUCCGUGCCCGCAUUCCCGGUCCUUCCAUCCCCGAUCCCGGUCCCGGUCCCUCCAUCCCUGUUCCCUCCGAUCUCCGCUUCUUCCCCUCCCGCCGUCCCCGCUCCGUCCAUUCCCGCAUUCCCGGUUCUUCCGUCCCCGCUCCCUGCGCUCCGUCCCGGCUCUCUCCGAUCCCGCAUUCCCGCUCCUUCCAUCUCCGCUCCGUCCAUUCCCGCAUUCCCGGCUCCCUUCCAUCCCGGUUCCCCUCACACCGAUCGCUCUUUCCCCGCUCCCACCGACCCCCGGUUCUCCUCACACACCGACCCCGCUCCCACCGACCCCGCUCCCUCCGAUCCCCGGUUCUCCUCCCUCCAUCCCCGCUCUCUCCCAUCCCCGUUCCCCUCACACCGGCCCCCGGUUCUCCUGACACCGACCCCGAUCCCCGGUUCUUCCCCUCCUUCCAUCCCCGCUCGCUCCAUCCCUCGCCCCCCGACCCUUCCCGCUCCUUCCCGUUCCCUCCAUCCCCACUCCCUCCGAUCCCGAUCCCACCGACCCCAAAUUUCUCCCUCUCCCCGCGACCCCCGACCCCCAAUUCCGCUCUCUCCCCCAGACUCAAUUCCUCUCUUCCUCUCCCCCAUCCCCAA